AUGGUUGCCAUUAAUCAACAGCGAUUCAUACUGUUAGCAGUUUUCUGUAUAUUAGUAACUGUCUAUAUAUCAUAUGAACUGCUAAAUUGGACUUAUUAUACAAAUUAUGAUUAUUUUGAUAUCAAUUCUCUGAAACCUAAUGAUUAUAAUAACUUUAAAAGAAAUUAUAUUCACACCAAACGUGAAUUAGAAUUGACUAAAAACAUUAUAUUAGAGCCCAAACAUCGCCAAUGCUUUUACAAUCACCCAAUUGUUAUAUUUAUUCAUUCAAGUGGACAGUCGACUGGAAAAUAUUAUGAAAAACGUCAAGUGUUACGAAAAACAUGGGUAUCGGAUGUCAAAAGAUAUAAUAUUAGUGUCUAUUUUGUUAUUGCAUUGAAUACUAACGACACCGUAAAUAGAGAUUUAAUGAAGGAAUCGCAAGAAUAUUCUGAUAUAAUUCAGUUUCCAUUUCACGAAAGCUAUUAUAAUCUAACGCUAAAAGCUAUUGCAAUACUUCGAUGGAUUUGCAAGAAUUGUCCAAAACAUCAGCUAAUUCUUAAGGUUGACGACGAUGUAGUCGUUAAUAUUGAAAUAUUAUUGCAAAAUCUGAACAAAUUUGAUAAAACAGCAAUUUAUGGUUCAGUUUUAAGACAUAUUGGUCCUCAAAGAAAUAUUGGUCACAAAUGGUUUAUUUCACAAUCAGUUUAUCCAUCAAAUCAAUUGCCAUCAUAUAUGAAUGGGCCGGCAUAUAUCAUGACAUACAGUGCUGUUAUUAGUUUGUUGCAUACCAUUGAUCAAUAUAAUGAUCACAUACUGGAUAUCGAUGACUUGUUCAUCACCGGAGUUAUUGCCGAGAAAACUGGUAUUAGUAGAUAUGACACAACACUUAUACAAUCAGAUGGUUGUCUACAUGUCUGUGAUCUGUACUCUACAGCCAUUAUCUAUCCGUGUAUUACAUCUCAAAAAAUGACUUUUCUCUGGAAUUUUUUCAAAAACAAUUCAGUCUUUUUAUUAUAG